UUUGCAUGAACUGACAGCACCCACGUUGCAGAGAAGAUGGAGGGUGGCGGUGAUGAUGCGAGCAGCACGCCAAGCAGCAGCACGCAGAAGCGGCCGCAGUUUGGGUCGCGCUACUUGAAGGAGGAAUCGGAUGUGUUCUCGCACAACGCAUGGGAUGAUGUGCAGUCCACCCCUGAACAAGAGGCGGAAGCGCAGCGCCUCGUGCAGUUCCACCGCGACCACCCCGUCCCUGAAGAAGAGCGAGACAAGUACAAUGAGGAUCCGGGGUCGUUCUGGGAGAAGUUCUACUCAACACACGACAACAAGUUCUUCAAGGAUCGCAAGUGGCUGUUUACAGAGUUCCCCGAGUUGAAGCUACACUGCGAUGAAUGGCCAACGGCUGACGCGGUAUCUGGUGAUGCGCAUGCAUCUCCAGAAGCGGAACACGUUGUUGAAGAGCGGUGGCUGGCGAGCAAAGGAUCGCGUGUUCGGGUGCUCGAGGUGGGCUGUGGUGCCGGCAACACCGUGUUCCCGAUGCUCCAGAACAACCCGGACAAGGAUUUUUUCGUGUAUGCGUGCGAUUAUGCACCAACAGCAGUCAGCAUCGUGCAGAACCACGACCUGUACGAGCCAUCGCGGUGCAACGCGUUUGUGUGUGACAUCUCACGCGACAACGUGGGCCUGCCUGCCAACUCUCUGGACAUGAUCAUCCUCAUCUUCGUCCUCUCUGCUCUCCACCCGGCAGAAAUGGACAAAGCGGUAGCCAAGCUCGUCAAGUGCUUGAAGCCGGGCGGGCAGCUUGUGCUCCGCGAUUACGGCCGACACGACCUGGCGCAGCUGCGGCUGAAGAAGGGGCGAUACCUGCAGGAGAACUUUUACAUUCGUGGCGACGGCACGCGCGUCUACUUUUACGACCGAGAUGAGGCUCGCUCGCUUAUGGAGAAGCACGGGCUGGUUGAAGUGCAGAACAAAUACGACCGCAGACUCAUCGUCAACCGCGCAAAAUGCGUCACCAUGCAAAGGGUUUGGCUGCAGUGCAAAUACCAGAAGCCGGCAACCACGACAACAAACAACCCACAACCCACCCAGCAUGGUGAUGACGACGACGAUGGUGAUGACGAUGACGACAAGGGAACACAGGCCCAGCACCAAUGACACGCGCUGUGUUUGGAUAUGCUUGUUGUUGUACUUAAGCCCAACAGUGUGCGGAUGGGAAGCGAGAAACGCAAGCUUGCUUGUUCUAAACGAUCACCACUCAGACACAACCUUGACAACCAACCAACACGAACCAAACACCCAUUCUUUGAAGAGGAAAGUUAAC